AUGUCAUCAACAAACAACACAAAUGCUGAUGAUGCUGCUGAACAACAACAUCCAAAACCACAUUUUGAUUAUGAUGCGAAGAAAGAGGAGAAUAACACAAUACGGCCAUCGUUUAGCUCACAAGGUCAACAACAACAACAACCCCCAAAGAGAACAGCAUUUGUUCACAAGUUAUAUGCGAUGUUAUCAGAUCCAAAUCUGUCUCAUUUGAUAUGGUGGUCAAGAAAAGAUGAUGAUGGUGUUUUUGCACUACAUCCAGGAACUGAAUUUGCCAAUGCUCUGACCAAUUACUUUAAACAUGGUAAUGUAUCCAGUUUUGUUCGUCAGCUGCACAUGUACGGGUUUCACAAGGUGUUUGAUAAUGAUAAUGAUAAUGAGAAUAAAGAAAGUAAUAGUAAUAAUAAUUCAAACAGUGAUGAUCUUGUGUGGGAGUUUAGACACUCUACUGGGAAUUUCAAGAAAGGUGAUGAAGCAGGGUUGGCUUUUAUCAAAAGGAGAUCGUCAAAUAAGUUGGUUCCUGAAGAUGAAUCAAAGAAUAAUCGUUUAACUGAUACAAACGUCUUUUAUCCUCAAUACCAUUAUCCAGUUCCUCCAGAAGGUAUACCCAAUCAACCUCAUCAACAAGCAUCAUCCCAGCAACAUCAUCUAAUCCAUCAUCCACAACCAACCCAAGAAGGACAUCUUCCCGAGCAAUACUAUUUGGUUCAACAACAGCAACAAGCUGUCUUUUCAGCAGGCCCUGAACUACAAAGAUCACAAUCACCAAAUAGUUUCACAUCAGGUUACCAACAAAUACCCAGAAACCACCAAUAUCAAAUUCAGCAAAAUCGUUCAUCUUUCGGUUCACCAUUUGCUCAAGAACGUCAGUUCACACCACCUCCACCUUUGGUUCAACAACAACUGCAGGCUAAUGAGUUUGAUCAUUCUCAUGUACAUAACGUCACUAAUGACUUGAUUGAUCAACAAAGGACUAUGAAUGUCAAGUCAGAAUACUUGAAUAAUGAAUUGAAGACAACAGCAUCUGAUGUGCUAAGAUUUUCUGAAAACAUUCCAAAAUUGGCUCCCGUUUUACAACAACAAGGUCAUAGAUAUUCUGAAGGAUUUAGCAGUUUGAGACAAAGCUUUAAUUUCAGAGCUGAUUAUUAUAAACCAUCUCCUUUGUCUGCUGAAAUGGAUCCACAACAUCCACAACAUCCACAAGGUGCUGCUACAACUGGUGCGCCAUUGCCUCCUCCUCAUCCAUCAGCCAUUCCUCAACACAUCCAGAACUUGCAACAUCAUCAACAGUUAAGGAAUCAAUCUAUUCACUUUUGGGAAAGUUCAGGACAAAGGCAACCAUCGGUUUUUGUGGAUCCUUUGAAUCCUUCUCCUCAAGGUUCUAUUUCUUCAAGCUCAUCAUCUGGUAAUAGAACUGCAUCUAUUUCUACUCAACAAGGUUUGGCUACACAUUCUAAUCCAGUUUAUCAUAUAUCACCAUCCAUCAAAGGUUCUAGCUCAGUUCCUCACAUUCAUUUUCAAGCGAAUCAGUCAAGAAGAAAUGAAUCAUUGCCUUCAAGCUUACCAACUUCCUCUCCAACCUCUACUACAUCACCACAUUUCCCUCCAAGAUCUAUUCCAACACAACAAGGACCAGCACCAAGAUCCAUUCCAAAUGAUCGUGGAGCUUCAAUACCUAAUAUAUCGCAUUUGACUUCACAAUUGCGUCCUUCUGUUAUUGAAGUUCAUCAACAUCAACAACCAAAUCAAUCAUCAAGUACAAAUAAUCCAAACAAUACAUCUGUUUCCUCAAAUUCUACAUACAAUACACUUUAUUCUGCAAGCUCAUCAAUAUCCUCAAUUUCAUCAAGAAAUUCUUAUGGAAGUAUCAAUGCAACUUUCCAAGAACUUGCAACCAGUACAACAUCACCUCCUCAACAUCCAACUGGUACAACACAUCAUUACUUACCACAUCAUCCACAUCAUCACCCACAUGUCAAGAAUAGACAAUCUUUACAAAGAACACCAUCUUCUCCAGCAAGAAUUAAAGAAGUUACUGAAGAUGAAGCACCAACUACAACUUCAAAAUCAAAGUUAUCAGUCUCUUCAUUGUUGACAACUUCACCAGGGGAAGAUGGAACCACUGGUGGCAAGGAAAGUUCUAUUGGUGGUAAAAGAGAAAAUGAACAUCGUACAGAGGAUGGUAGACAUUCUUUGAAGAAGGCUAAAUCAGUUAGUGAUUUCCAUAGGUAGAGUGUUGGUUUUUGCAUUCAAGGGUAGCUGGUUGGUUAAUUUAAUGGAGGUUCAAUUACUUCAGUGUCUUCUCAAGUGACAGUUUUGCUAGGAGCUCCAUGCUAUUUUAUUUUAAUUGUUAUGUUUUAGAAGUUGUUUUUGUUCAUUAUCAAUACAGUUUUUUUG